UGUGUCCUUGUCAGUCAACGCAGUGUCUCGAUGAAGCACCAGCUCUGCUCGGGCUUGGGACUAAACAACUCUGUCUCCAUUUCUCUCUCCACAGGGCUCCAGAGAUCAUCCUGGGCCUGCCGUUCUGCGAGGCCAUCGACAUGUGGUCCCUGGGCUGUGUGAUAGCGGAGCUCUUCCUGGGAUGGCCCCUCUACCCCGGAGCCUCGGAGUUCGAUCAGAUCCGGUACGUCUCCCAGACACAGGGUCUGCCUGCAGAGUAUCUGUUGAGUGCAGGGACGAAGACCACCAGGUUCUUCAACAGAGACCCCGACUCCACCUACCCCCUCUGGAGACUCAAGACUCAAGAGGACCACGAGGGCGAAACGGGGAUCAAGUCGAAGGAGGCUCGAAAGUACAUCUUCAACUGUCUGGACGAUAUGGCGCAGGUGAACAUGUCCUCGGACCUGGAGGGGACCGAGAUGCUGGCGGAGAAGGCCGACCGCCGGGAGUUCAUCGACCUGUUAACCAAGAUGCUGACCAUCGACGCGGACAAGAGGAUCACCCCCAUCGAAACGCUCAACCACCCCUUCGUCACCAUGUCACACCUCCUCGAUUUCCCGCACAGCACACACGUGAAGUCAUGCUUCCAAAACAUGGAGAUCUGUAAGCGUCGUGUCAACAUGUACGACCCGGUCAACCAGAGCAAGACGCCCUUCAUCACCCACGUGGCCCCCAGCACCUCCACCAACCUCACCAUGACCUUCAACAACCAGCUGAACACUGUGCACAGCCAGGCCGCCAACCUGGCUCCCUCCUCCACCAACAAUGCCACCCUUUCCUUUGCAAGUCCCGAUGUCUCCAUACUAAACUACCAAUCUGCACUCUACCAGCCUGCAGCUGCCUCCAUGGCAGCGGUGGCCCAGAGGAGCAUGCCCCUGCAGCCGGGGGCUCCUCAGCUCUGCGCCGCCCGGCCCGACCCCUUCCAGCAGGCGCUCAUCGUCUGCCCACCUGGCUUCCAAGGGCUGCAGGCGUCCCCUUCCAAGCACACCAGUUACUCUGUGCGGAUGGAGAACGCCGUUCCCAUCGUGACGCAGGCCCCUGGUGCCCAGCCCCUGCAGAUCCAACCCGGUCUGCUCACACAGCAGGCCUGGCCCAGCGGCACCCAGCAGAUCCUGCUGCCUCCAGCCUGGCAGCAGCUCACCCACACCUCAGUCCAGCAUGCCACUGUCCUCCCCGACUCCAUGAGCGGCGCACAAUCUCUCGCCAACUGGAGGAAUCCCCACCCUCAUGGCAGCCAUUAUAAUCCCAUCAUGCAGCAGCCAGCCUUGUUGGCUGGGCACGUCACACUCCCAUCCAACCAGACGCUUAAUGUGGGAGUGGCACAUGUUAUGAGGCAACACUCGACUAAUAACAACUCCUCUUCCAAAAAGAACAAACAGCACCAGAUGACUGCCAGGAACAUGUCGGCCUAUGAGGUGUCGUCCUCGCAGGCCGUGCUGUCCCCGCAGCGCUCGAAGAGGGUGAAGGAGAACACGCCCCCGCGCUGUGCCGUGCUGCAGAACGGCUCGGCCCCCAACAACUGUCCGCCCCCGCAGCCGUGUGGCGGCGGCGGGUGGGGGGCUGGCGAAGCCGAGCAGGCCUCCAGCACCACGCGCGACCAUCAGCACCAGCACCACGUCCCCAGACAGACCAUCAUCAUCCCCGACACGCCCAGUCCGGCAGUCAGCAUCAUCACCAUCAGCAGUGACACGGAUGAGGAAGAGGACCGAAAACAAAACAAACGCUCAACUUCAAAGCAAAGGAAGAAUGUCAUCAGCUGCGUGACGGUCCACGACUCCCCCGACUCCGACUGCUCCAGCAACAGCCCCUACACUGUGCAGUCCAGACCCCCCAACAACAACAGCUACGACACAAAGAACACCAUACUGGACAACUACAACAACGGGAACCCCCGCACCAUCAUCAUCCCCCCUCUCAAGACCCAGAACAUCGAGGUCCCGAUUGAAUGUGAGCGCCUGAUGACAGAUGCAAUGAACCAUCAUAAUUCAGCUUACAAGUUCAAAUCCAACAUGAUGUCUGGCAAUAAUCACAUACCAGGUUGCAUCACUGGAGGCGGGUCCUACCGACAGCAGCGCUCAGGGCCACACCCCCUCCAGCAGCAGCCCCUCAAUCUCAGCCAGGCCCAGCAGCACAUGGUAGCAGAGCGAAACGGAGGUCAUCGGCGCCAGCAGGCCUACAUCACCCCCACCAUCGCCACUCAGGCCCCCUACUCCUUCCAUCACAACAGCCCCUCUCACACGGGGAACGUCCACGCGCACCUGGCUGCCGCACACCUGCCCAGCCAGCCCCACCUCUACGCCUACACAGCCCCCGCUGCUCUGGGCUCCACCGGAACAGUGGCCCACCUGGUGGCGACGCAAGGCACGGCGCGCCACGCGGUCCAGCACGGAAGCUACCCGCCGAGCCUCGUCCACCAGGUCCCGGUCAGCAUGGGCCACAGCGUGCUGCCCUCGCCCACAAUGCACCACAGUCAGUACCAGGCCCAGUUUGCCCACCAGGCCUACAUCAGCGCCUCGCCCGCCUCCGCUGUCUACACUGGAUACCCGCUGAGCCCCACCAAGGUCAACCAGUACCCAUACCUCUAGAGAAAGACACUGACUGACACUGGAGAGCCUGACCCAGCACUGCUGCUUCCCCCUCCAACCCGCCCGCACCCCCCCCUCGACGCCCUGAACAUCCUCUCCUCAACCUCAGACAUACACAGGGACAGAGGAACAUGCAAUCCUCACAAAACUUCACGUAUGACUUGACGAUGUAACGAGAGAGAAAAAACAAACGAAAAGAUUCACAGCCUCUCUGGAAAGGAAAGAUGGGGGUUGGUUUUUUUGAGGGGAACUGUUCAAGAUGUUUUCUUUCACUUUUGUUUUCUUCCUCCUGAAAGGGCCAGUUUUGUUUUUUUUGUUGCUUUUAUUUCCCUAUUCUUCGCUUUAUUUUUACGAGGAAAGAAACGUCUCAUUAGUUUCACAGGGAGGUUUUUGAACGAGGCCUUUUGGGACAGCGGAGAUUUUCCGGUUUUGUUUUUAUUUUUAUUUCCCCCCCUCUUCAAUUUGGGAAGUGACUGUUGAACAGGGGUUACUGACUGGAAGUUUGGAAUCCCAAGAGAUGUUUUUGGGAGAAGGUGAAAUACGGAAAACCUGCUGCUCUUCAAAGAAAAAAAAAAAUAUUGAUGGCCUUGAACUGUCUUAAUAUUUCCAAAUCAUUCAUGGCGUGGGGAGUAAAGAGAAGAGAGGCAUCUUCCCCCACUCCACCUUCUCCGGUCGAGGAGGCUUCUGGAAAUAUAACCAACAGAAGACAACAAACUUUUUAGUGUAUUUAUAGAUAUUUGUUUUUUCUUUUGUUGGGUUUCACCUUUUACGAUGAUACUUCAGUUUUAGCUAGGUGUCUUAGCUGGGGCCCCGUUCUUAGAAUGUAGCAGUCAGCACCUGUUUGUUUGAAAGAUUCUUUUAUCUCCUGAUACCAAUAGAUUUAUUUGUUCCUUUUUACUUUUCAAUGUGAUUGCACAAAGUGGUUAUAAUAACAUAGGCAUGUACAACGUGAUUGUCUGUGUGUGCUACUGUCAGCCAUGCGUGUGUAGUCCACUCCCUCAGAACCCUCUUCAGUCUGUAGGUUUUUGACCAUUGUUCCCUCGUAGUGCCUUACAGAUAUGACAACACAGUUUACUCGGCUUGGAUCCCUGAAGCCACAAGAGACUAUAGCUAUACUUAGAGAGACAUGAUUCCCUGGUUUCUCCAUCCGGGUCGGGGCAGUCGUAGCUCUCUUCCAGGUGUAGGCUCAGCCCUGGCUGUUUCUCGUCGUGAGCGUAUAGAUUAAUGGAGAUUAACGUCGGCUUCGGUAUCACGCUGAGCUCCUUUAUGAUGUGUGCAUGAGAUAACUUGCCUGGGGUACUUACCAAAGUCGUAGAUUAAAUUCUUGUUACACGCGCUCUGGAUAUUCAUGUAAAUAGGAAAAAUGUACAUUAUAGCUGUAGCUGUAAACCUCUUCUCACGGUGGAGCCCCGACAUGUGGCGUUUGUUUGGCAUAUAUUUGUUUUUUGGGGGGGAAAUCACACAAGGGAAUGCAUGCGUCGUGAUUACAGAGCAGAGAUUUUUUCGCUCGGUUUUCCAGGGGAUGAGUUGCAGUACAAUGUUUUUUUUGCGACACAGUAAAGGUCGUUUUUGUUGUUGUUGUUGUUGUUGUUGUUGUUUUAAAGGUUAAAAGCUAGUCCGAAAGAAGGGCCUGACAGAAAGUGAUUGUUGCCGUGAGGGUGAGUCUGUGAGGCUAGCGAUAGCCCGGCUGCAGCAGAGAGACAGAGGAUCGAUGGGUUGUUUGAGAGAGAGAGAGAGAUGCUGUGUAGUGAAGGGACCGGUGGAGGGCGUGGGGUCAGUUUAGGUAGGGACUGCGGGGGGGGGCAAACUCUCUAUCUUAAAUGAGACUUCAAAGGGUAGCAAGUUGGCACUGAGCAGGUUGAUAGUAACACUGAGCCCGGGUGGUCGUAGGAGGCACCGCCUUACCUGAACGCACACGUAGAAUUCUGACAUGAAGCCUUUUUAUUGUCUUUUUUGUUUUUUUUGGGAAGUCGUUCGUUGUGUUUUGAGGUUUUCGUCAUCGUAGAGCUGCAGGAAACAGAGCAGACGGGAAAUGCCAGAGCGUACACCUGGAAGGGCGCCUCGUGGACGAUUCGUCUCCACUGUCCAUUUGUCUUCGAUUAUAAAAAAAUAAAUAAGGAAAGAAAAACCAGACACACCACAGACAUCGCCACGCCAGCCGGACGUGGAAGCCGAACACUUAGAGAACCAAUAGGGCUGUCGCUUUUUUAUCUGUUUGCUGCUCGAUUUCAUUUAUUCUCGAAAGCCGACCGAUACAAAUAAUCUCCUCUGUUCACCUCUGUCCUCUUGACCGUGGGCACAUCCGAACUCUUAGUGAAGGCCUUCCCCUCUUCUUCAUGGUAUGCCACAGUACUUGCAUUUGAAGUGAUUAUGUUUCUUUUGUUUUGUUUUGUUUUUUAACUUAACCUUAUCUUGAACUCUUUUGGACAUGGCUGUAGUAGGCUACAUGUUGUGUUUCAUUUUUUAGAGAUUGUUGCAAUAAUUCUUGUGGACGUUUUAUCAGAGUAUGUGUGUGUUUUUAUUAAAUGUCAGGCUCAUUUCUACUUUGUAACCCGGGCGUUGAUGUACAGUGAUAUUUAGUAUUCCAUGGAGGUGGGUGCACCUGUGUAAAGUGCUGAUGGUAGUAAGUGUUGAGUUGAUGAUAAUCCAACAGGGGGGGGGGGGGCUCUUAUAGAUAUGUAGGGUGCCACUUGGUCCAUCAUCCUGGUACUUGUUCCCCCUCUCCACUUCCCCCCCCCCCCAUCAGCUCCAGCAUGCAAAGCCUUGGGUCGGGCACUUAAAGAUGUGAUUACAUUGAACGUUGCCUGUUACAUCUUCUCUUGUUCUGUUCGUUGUCUUUUUAUCUUUUAUUUUAUUUGAUCUACUUAAUUUCCUCUUCGUCAUUUGGGGGCCUAAGCACACGUGCAUAAGGGAGAUGAUUAUUAUUAUUAUUUUAUUGUCAUUGAAAAAUCUUCUGGCUCCUCUGUUUUGAGACAGACUACUGAAACAUUCCACUGUUGGAGGGAAUUUGGCGUUACCCAUGAUACACUGCUGUCUUGUCCCCCCCCCCCUCCCACCCCCACCCCCUGUCAGAAUUUCCCUGUCGCUGUGCUCUUGACUUUUCUGUCCGCUCCUCCCACCAAAGAAUGAAACAGAUUGACACAUGUACAGCACAGCACAGAACAGUACAAGCAAUCCUCUCUACACCACCGCGAGAGCAGAUAGGCAAUAACUCCUUUUCAUGUCGAUGUUUUUAAAAAACCUGCCAAGCGAGCGGGUUCCUGCACGGAGAGGAUUUCACGUAGCUAACGCACACAGCUCCAUCUUGACUUCAAAUCAACACAUUCAACUUUCUCUGGUGUUUCGUUUGACUCCACACACUUGGCCCCUGUCGAUAGGCUGACUGAUCAAUGAUUAUUAUUAUUUUUAUGAGUAACCUCCUCUCUCCAAAUUGUUUUAUAAGCCAGUUAUUUUGUUUUUAUGUUGUUCAUGUUGUAGCUUUAUCGGUGUAUUUGUUGAAAAAACGUUAUGGUGUGACAUCGAAUAGAAUGAUCUUUUAAAAAUGAAUUAAUCAAAAAAAGACAAAAGGAAAAAAGUACCAGGUAAACCUUUAAAAAUGUGGUCACCCGCACAAAAUGAAUGUAACAUGUGACCCGCGACAUCUGAAAUGGCUUUAGAUUCUCUCUCCUCUGUGGGUGACCACUCAUUUGAUUUCACUGUUUGUGGCCAUGCAUGAUGCAAUAAUUACACAUCAGCUCUCCAGCAGAAUCCCAUACGAGACAAAUAAUGUCAAAUUACCACUGUCCUCAUGAUUAGGGGGGGGUUUAGAGAAUAAUCACUAUUUUCACAAAUGAAAGCAUCCAAUUAAGAGAAGCCCUGUGUGCGCAGCGUUGUGGAGGAAAACGUGACGUGUAUGAUGUGUGUUCAUCUUUCACAUAACCAAUGUUUUGUGUUUGGUUUUUAAGAGGGGGGAAUCAGACAUGUGAGCGUUAACGUAGAUCGACUGACCUUACAAUUACCAAAAUGUUCUUAAGUAGAGUGUAAAGAAAUGUUGUGUGUUGUUGAGGUGAGUGUAGCCUGCCCAGCUAGUGGCUUUAUUGUUAGAGUACUGCCUUCUAAAAAAAAAACUAAAAAACAAGGAUACCUCUGAAGCUUUAAGGUGACAUUCGAAUCAGAGAAAACAGAAUAAGGCAGAAUCUCACUCUCUAUAUAGAGCCUGGCGUUCUUCUACUGAAU